AGUGGCGAUUUGAGGAAGUCAUUCAUUUUGGACAAAAAGUUACUAAAAACUUUGUUAUUUCGGAACGAAGUGAUUAAUAGCAUUAAUAGAAACUAAGCUGUGGCUUGUAUGUAGAAUGACCAAGAAUGGCGGAGUUGGUGGUGUACACAGCUUUUCACUCAUUCAAGCCCAGCUCAGAUGAUUUGAGUAGGGGUUGCAUUGCCAUUGAGCAGAGCGAUGACCUGGAGGUGAAAAAGCCAUUUGAAUUUACAUUUUCUGGGACUGUUGAAAAACCAGACGGAUGGAUUCGCGGUCGGAACCUUCGCACUGGAGAGACGGGUUAUUUUCCGGGAACAUUUGUGAAACACAAAGUCACCAGACCUUUCCCAAAGCCACAGCCUCGCCAUUAUUCUCCUGAAGCUGCUAAUGCAAUGGAUGUGGACAGUUCUUUGGGAUCAAUGACGCUACAGGAUGACUCUGGUUAUGUCGGAUCGCCUCGAGGACCUGAAAUAUCAGGAACCAUUGCUAUGGAAACUGAUGUUUUAGACACGAUUGAGGGCGAUAGUGAAGUGCCUUCCAGAAGUCACAAGUUCAUCGAUACAUACUUCCUCAGGCCACAAAUCUGUCUCCAUUGUAAGGAUUAUAUCUGGGGACCGAAAACAAAGGGAGCAAAGUGUGACGCCUGCAGUCUCUUCAUUCAUCACUCGUGCCAGUCGUAUGCAAAUACAUGUAAAAACGUCUGUCAGCGACACAGCAGCGUUCCGAGCGAACCAGUCAGAGAGUCGCAAACGCCCCUCAAACAUUGGUCGGUGCAGAACGUGAUUGAGUGGAUGGCGGUGGUAAAUCUUUCCCGUUAUGUGGAGAUUUUUAAGCGGACCGAGAUUAAAGGCGAAGAGUUGCUCUCAAUGGAUGAGGCAAGGCUUGAGAGCAUGGGUAUUCUUGACGGUUUCCAUAGGAAGUCACUCCUGACUGCGGUGGAUGAGCUGAGUGGGAGGAACCCAAUGGCACAGCCCUUCAGUUCUUAUUUUCCUCCAUCAAAUGGUGCUCUACAAAAAGGCAGUCUUCCCCCAGAGGCCCAUCAGUUUAUUGAAUAUUCCUUCUCUUCAUUUGAAAGAUGUCAGAUCUGUGAUAAGCUUCUUCUUGGCAUCAUGAGGCAGGGAUUUACGUGUCGAGAGUGUGGGCUAUGCUGUCAUCGUCAGUGUGCCAGUGCUGGACUGCCGGACUGUAAUGCGGAAAACUUUGCCAAGAGGAAGCGUAUGAGUUUAACUAAAGGUUCUGUUUUUGGGAUGCCACUCAGCGAUCAGUUCUCAAGACGGCAACAAGAAGCACCUGGGAUCGUGAUGCAUUGUUUGAAAGAAAUAGAAGUACGAGGUCAACAACCAGGGGUUGAAAUUUUGGAAGUGUAUCGCAGGUCUGCCACCACCGAGUCAAUAAAUGAUUUGAAAGCCAUUUUUAAUGCUGCUGAAGUACCUACCGAUGUUGACCUACAAACACAGGAUGUUUGCUGCGUUGCCGGCCUGCUGAAGCGCUAUUUACGGGAGCUCCCUGAUUCAGUCAUCCCGGAGGAGUUUUAUGACCGGUUUUUGGAUGCUGCCAGAAAUCGAAACAAUGAAAAAUGUCGCGAUUGCCUCCGUGCACUGACGAUGGAGAUGCCGGAACAUCACCAAGGCACCCUGCAGUUUCUGAUGGCGCAUUUCUGCCGACUAUGCCAGCAGUCGGCUGGAAGUGGCGGCCGUGAUCCUAUCUCGACGUUGUCUCAGGUUUUCUGUCACAUACUUCUCCGCCCACCGUGGACACAGACAGUGGAUGUUGUGUACAAGACUGACCUCCAUAUUCGCAUCAUCGACCAGCUUGUACGGGGAGGCACCUGGGGUGAGGAUGUGCCCAACUACCUCGUCAUGCCUCCAAUGUCGCCAUCCUCAUCGACAAAUGGUUUUGAUGACUUGAACGCAAACACACCCACCACCAUCACAUGCCCCAAUAACCUAAUGGAAGCAGAGUGGUACUGGGGAGAUAUAUCGAGGGAAGACGUGAAUGACAAACUCCGAGACACACCAGACGGCACAUUUCUUGUGCGUGACUCGUCUAACAAGGAGGGAGACUACACACUCACUUUACGGAAAGGUGGUGGCAACAAACUGAUCAAAAUAUAUUGUAGGAAUGAGAGAUAUGGCUUCGUGGAGCCUUACUGUUUCAAUAACGUGAUGGAGUUGAUCUAUCACUAUCAGCACAACUCGCUCUCACAGUACAACAAGACGUUGGAUGUCAUGUUGAAGUAUCCUGUCUCCAGGUUCGCAGAGCAAUCGGAGGAAGAGGAGUCGUGGAACACGUCGCCAGGCAAGGAUAUGAUCGAGAGGCUGACGGAGAUCAAGCAAGAGUACAAGGCCAAAACAGAGGAGUAUGACUCGUUGUAUGAAAAGCAUUCGCGGACAACACAGGAAAUCCAUGUGAAACAUCAGGCACUUGAAGCUUUCAAGGAGACAGUGCUCGUCUUCGAGGACCAGGUCAACUUGCAUGAGAGAUUCCAGAAAGAGGCUGCUCCUCACGAGAUGCAGAAAUUAAUGGAAAACCAAAAGUUACUGAAGUCACGCCUAAAUGAAAUCGAGAGCAGUAAAAUUCAACUCGAGGAAGACAUACGCCAACAGAUCGGAAUCAAUCGCAAUCUGAUUGGCAAAAUGAACAGUCUGAAGCCGGAUAUCAAACAGUUGUACAAGCAGAGGGAAAUGUACAAGAAGAAAAUGUUGGAUCAUAAGAUCGAAAUGGACACGAUCGACCAUAUUUUAGAAGACAAGUUGCCCCACCUUGACCAGAAGACGUGGUACCUUGAUGUGAGCAGAGAAGAGGCCCUUCAGCUGCUGAAAGGGCGACCCGUUGGCACCUUUAUCAUCCGACCGAGACAAAAGGGAGGAUAUGCUCUUUCUGUUGUUUCCAGAGAAAAAGUGGAGCAUUGCAUCAUAUGUCAGGACAAAAACGGGCAUUUUGGUUUCUCGCCGCCAUGCACGAUGAGUUCGCUGAUGGACCUUGUCUUGCACUAUGCGAAAAAUUCUUUAGCUGAACAUAACCAGGCAUUGCCAGUGCGACUUUUGUAUCCAGUUCAACAGUCUGAAGAGUCGCAGAUUUACACCUCCAUGCAACGAUAACACAUCUUCCCUGAUCAGACUUUGGGCCUGAUCUACUCUGUUAAAUAUUGUUUUGAAAGCGGUGCAUCUAAAUGUAACAGGAGGAUAAACAAAACUGAAGGGACAAAUUUUCGCAGUCAUUUUAUCAUUUUGUAUCAUCCUGAGAAGAUGGCGGUACAAUGACUUGGUAGAAGCGACCUGUACAUAGCCAUAAUUAUCCACGGUGGUUCUGUAGAAUAGAGUUAGGUGGUAAUAACGUAGGAGAGAUGUUUUCCCUUACUAACGAGAGGAAGUCUGCGCAAACCUAUCAAUGCCAUUCGAUAUUUGGCAGGCGAUAUUUGAGUUGAUAGUUGCUUUUGGGGAAGGUUCUUUCCUGAACAUGACUUCCAAUACCUCGAGUACCGUCCUCCAAAGUUAUUGCCUCCUGAUUGUGUAUACUUUGUUUGUAUCUUCAUCAUCAUUUAUACUUUUUCAAAUUUCUACCAAAAAUCAUCCUAAAAUUUUUCUGAAACUCAGUUUCAGAGUUUCACAAACUUGUGUUAAUCAACAAGACAUUUUUUGGAAUAUUUCAAAUGUGACGCGCUCUACCAAAACUAGGCGCUUGUCGCAUCUGAACUUGACAGGUUGAUGCGGACUUGUUGUUCAUUUCCCUAUUGUAGACCUUUUGUGAAAUGUGACCAAAUCAGUUUGUAAUAGAUUUCACAAAAGGUCUACAAUAGGGAAAUGAACAACAAGUCCGUAUCAACCUGUCAAGUUCAGAUGCGACAAGCGCCUAGUUUUGGUAGAGCGAGUCACAAAUGGAAUAUUGUAACAGUGGUCUUUAUCGCUACACUUUGGAAUCAUGGAUUGUAUUAAAUGUGAAUAGAGUGCAUGCUUAUUGGAGCUGUAUGACAAAUGUAUUUUGAAUGUUUUGUAGCCUGUAAUCUGAAAAAUCUUGCAGAUAUCAAUGUUUGGGCCACUGUGUGGUCACCUGUAUAGCUAGCUUUACUCUCAAAGAGAAUGCCUGCUGCUCAACUUUUACUUUGUAUAUUGUCGGACAUAUAGAACAAUAAGCAGAAUCAUUGGUUUACUCUAAUUUUUCAGAAUUGGGAUGUACCGGAUACAUUUACUGCCGCAGUAAGAUUUUAGUUUCCCUUUGCAGAUAGCAGAACAGAAAGCUGUCCUAGAAACUUCUACAGAUGAACAUUGUCACUGUGUAAAAGCAUACUGGGCUGUACACCCAACACCGCAAUGUAAACGGUGUUGAAAUGUGCUUCAAAAGUACAAGUUUAUCAUUUAAGACUUCUCAAUGUCAUCGAGAGCCUUAUAGAAUUGAUUGGUGAAGUCUUGAUAUCUGUACCGGUACUGUAGAUUUAAAAUGCCUUGCAAACAUUUCACAGUUUACAAUAUUGUAAAUGUAGUGGUAAAAAUGAGAAAUAAAGAG